AUGCACCCAUUCUACCCUCGCCGGCCUCCUCUUCGUGGGACUGAAGACCUAGCACGGCCCAGUGCCCGCUUGAUGGACGUCAUCCAUGAUUACCCGGACGAAUUUAUAUUGCGAUGGGACUGUCGCUAUCUCCAGUUCCGGCGAGGUGCUAUUCCCUGGGUAUCCACACCCUUAACUUGUCCAUUCACCAACCAGCCUUCUGCACCGGGCAAAGAGAGCGCGAUCCUCGAAUUUUUCAACUCGUUACAAUACAUUCAAAGCACCGACUUCCGACCCGUCCGAACGGAAGUUGCUCCAGCAACACAAUCCGUCAACGGUUCAACGGGCCAGAACUUUUCUCAUCAGACCUCGAAAAGAUCAUAUGGACACGGCAACAAAAACUUUGAUGGGGCACAAUUAGCACCGCGAGAAAUUUCAAAGGAACUGGCUCUGCCGUAUCGCGGGUGGUGGUGCCUUGACCAAGAUGUUCAAAUACUUGUAUUCCCUCCGAACGAUUAUUCAGUCUCCCCCAUCCCCUCUCUCUCCCCCUCCACCCCCUCUCCCGUCGAGUUCGUCCCCGACGAAAGACUGACUCUCGAGUCCCCUCUUUUCACCCCGCCACUCAUUUAUCUGCAUCGCGUAACGAUGAUGGUCUACACUAAAGGCAUCUUUGCCGUCCUCCUCUUGGCUCUUGCCCAAGUUUCGCUCGCUGCCAACCCACACCUCAACCGCCGACACGAACCCACCGUGACCCUCAAGACCAACGCUGCUCGCAUGGCUGCCGGGCUUCCCCCUAAGGCGCCUGCCGGGCUUGAACGUCGUACUUGGGGACACGGUGGAUGGGGCCAGCCUCAGCCCGGAUGGGGCUGGGGACAGCCACCUCAGAAGCCGGGCAAUCCUUGGGACAAGGGCAAGGACCACGACAAGGGCAAGGAUAAGGACAAGGGUGGCAAACCCAAAGACCCCAGCCCCCCUAAGCCAUCCGCGACCAAGCCCGACAAGCCUGAUUGCGACGACAAGAAGAAGGUUCGCAUCAAGUGUGUCAAGAAGGGCGGAGGAACUAUCGGUUAUGUCGGUAAGGACUGGAGCAAGAAGAACAAGCGAGGCUUCGGUCUCUGCAAGGACAAGAACAAGGCUCUUGAGGUCGAUUUUGAGAACUCUGUCACUCCUUUCGACAUGAAGAUUCACGACAAGAGAGACUUCCCCUUCCUCGGAUGGAGCGGAAACAACCUCGGCUCUGGCAACUCUGCUGUCUUGACUGGAACUAGGAAGACCAACAUCCACGAAGGCCCCAGGAACGUCGGAAACGCCUUCUCAUCCUGGGCUGCCAACUCUGAAUCCCAGGUCUGGUAUUACUCCAGGAACAACAGGAAGUUCGAAUCCAAGUGGGUUAACACUGGCGGAGCACGUCAAGAGUCCAAGUGCUUCUACAACCCUGAUGAUGAUUUGUUCCACCUCGUCUCUGAUACCUGGGGCUUCCUCCGCAGGAACCCUCGUGCGUAUGAGAUCGAACUCGAACUCGACGAGUAA